AUGGCCAAUAAAAUUCUCGUCACCUACGUCGUUGCCGACGUCCUCUUCGUCAUCAUGGGUGCCAUCAUGCUUGCCUUCUCCAUCAUCGUCAAGAACAAGCUCUCUGCCAAUGCUCAACCCGCCGAUGGCACCGACGUUGUCAUCAACCUGCUGUACGCCAAGUUUCCCCUGACCGCCGGCAUCGCCAACGCCGUCUUAUACUUCGUCACCUUCCUCUUCACCAUCCCCGCUAUGGCCAUGCCCACCCGCGGCUGGCUCAAAAUCUCGGGCUACAUGGUGCUCGUCACAUCCCUCUUCAGCCUCAUCAUCGGCCUCGACCUCUGGAUUCUUACAUUGAGUCUCAAGGAGCAGUUCGGCACCCUCUGGAUCGCCCAGAACUCUCAGACGCAGGAUCUCAUGCAGACUGCUUUUGCCUGCUGCGGCUAUUUAAACAGCACCUCGCCCGCCUUUGUCACCGACAGCACUUGCACCAGUCCUGCGGCUGCCGCCCUCGUCCGUGGCUGCGCAGGGCCUAUCAGCAGCUUCUCCAACGUCUUUGUCGACGAUAUCUUCACGGGCGUCUUUGGCAUGUCUGGCGUGGGUGGCCUGCUGAUCCUGGCCACGAGCUGCCUGCUCAAGGACCGCAAGGAGCGUGAGCGCUUCCGGUACAUUGACGAGAAGAUGGGCGCUACGCGGAGAUUCUAA